AUGGAACACCACGCAACCGCCAACAUUCAAACUGGCGCAAAACCAAGCGUCACUCCUGGAAACCCACCUGCGUCAAUCUAUAUUUCUAACCUACUCGCAUUAUCCUCCCAAGUAUACCCUGCCACAUGCUCUGCCUUCACACCGAUCUCAUCUACAUCCCAACCGAUCUCAUCUACAUCCCAACCGGUACAACCAACUAACAAUACGAGUGAAGAUCCACCUCCACCACAGAAAAGAGCUCGAAAGGAAGUGGGAAACAAUGCACAAAUGCCUGCGCAGGCGUCCACCUCGACAGGAACUGAAGCAAUGCAAGACAGACCUCCCUCUGUGAUGUUUCUGGGAGUGACCCCAGCACCGCCUAAGCCAUCGACAUCAUCCACACAACCAGAAAGUCGUCAACCAAUGGAACCCAGCGCAAACACCAUCACGAUGUCCCAAACCAGCACCACCUCUUCGGGAUUGUUCCCGAUUAUUCAUCCUGGAGCAGCAUUUGCCGCACUUCAGAACAAUUUCUGUAUGGGGGGAAUGGAGUGUCGAACUCAGAUCAAAUGCCUCCAAGAGGAUUUGAUUAGGACAAGAACGGAGAAGGACAACUUGCUCUUAAAGUUGAAAACUGAGAUUGAAAAUAAAGUGUACAUUUAUCGAAGACUUCAGUUGAAAUCCACCGGACAACCCAACGAUUCCUCCUCUUUGAGUUCAAUUCAUCUUUUCCCAGCCAUUUUGAAAUUUGAGGAAGAUGUGGUUCUACCGGAAGAUGAAAACGGAAUGGCUAAAACGGCCGUGGAAAUUUUGAGAAAUGCCACCAUCCGUUCAAGAGACUCACCUCUCUCCACAAAUCCUGUGAAUAUCUCCGUGAACGACAAAGAAAUUGUGGUGAAAAGCAUUAAAAUAAAACUGGGUUCUUUGGUAUUGAUCAAUCAGGAUCGUGUGGACAAAAACUUUUUUAGUUUUAUUUAUCGAUCGAGUGAGAAAACUGACAAGGCAAAAUGUAUGGUUUUCUGCACUCAUACUUCUUUUUCGGCCGGGAACAUUGUGGAGUCCAUAGUCCGAAUAUGCCAGAAGGAAGGCCCCAAAUUGGGACGGGGACUACAAUUGGUUCAGCUUUAA